CCCGAAGGCAUGGGUGGUGGAGGUGGUGGUGAACGUCGCGGUCCUCCCCCUAGACGCGAUGGUGAUUGGGAUUGCUCUUGCGGUGCUUCCAACUUUGCUCGCAGAACCGAUUGCUUCAAGUGUUCCGCACCCAAGGGCGAUGGUGGUGAUUCUUAUGGUGCUGGUGACUCUUACGGCGCACCUUCCUAUGGUGGUGCCCAAGAGCCUGAACCUGCUCUCGAUACCGCAAGCUGGGAUACUGGAGCUGCUACUGCCGGAUGGGGCCAGUCUGAGCCUGCCGCACCUGCCGCCUCCUCUGGUGGAUGGGGUCAAUCUGAACCUGCCGCACCUGCCGCCUCUUCCGGUGGAUGGGGUCAAUCUGAGCCUGCUGCACCCACACCUGCACCUGCACCUGCCGCCUCUUCUGGUGGAUGGGGUCAGUCUGAGCCUGCUGCUGCCUCACCUGCACCCUCUGCUGGUGGAUGGGGCCAGUCUGCUCCCGCUUCUACCCCUCCCCCUGCUGCUGCCGCACCUGCACCUUCCGCUGGUGGAUGGGGCCAACCUGAGCCAGCUGCUCCUGCUGAUAAGCUCGCUAGCUCAAUGGGUAACAUGCGCGUUGAAGAUAGCAUGCCUGCUGCUGGAGAUGGUUGGGGUGCUGCUCCCUCCAACAAUAACAGCUUUGGCUGGAACUAAACAAAAAAAAACUCUUUUCUUCCUCCCUCUCCCUUCUACAUCUUUUAACCUUCCCUUUUUUUCUUUUCCUUCUUUUCAUUCAUGGUUUACUAUCUAUCUUCAACCCCCCCAAAAAAAAACCAUUUUCUAAUAUUUUAGAGGUUUUGUUUCAAAUCCUGCGACUUUUAUUUCCAUGUAAAUCUAUAAAAAUCUGUACAGAAGGUAGUUCUAUAUUCUUCUCUUGCUUG